AUGGACGCUCUCUCUUCGGGCUCUUGUCAAGAGCUUCCCGUCAGGACCACUCAGGAUAUCCACCCAGAUUUAGAGCCUGAUAUGGCGUCUUCUGAGAGCGCUGGUCAGGAUAACAAGCCCACUGAGUCUCACGCUGAGCAGUCAGAAGCGGAAGACAAUCACGCAGAGCCAGAAUGUGUUACUAUCGACUGGGCGGAGGCAAAGAAGAAGAAGAAGAAGAAGAAGAAGAAACGAAGCAACAGACCGAAGAGCAAACGUGGAAAGAAUAAGCCCACGGGGUUCGAAGAAUACUACGUUGAUGCCCCCAUCACGCCAGAAGAGUACGCGAAUGAGCAAGAGAUCUACGAUGUUCGGAUGGAAGACGCUAUUCUCCGAUACCAAAAGAACCGCCGUAUCGAAUCCGAGAGAAGGGAAGUUUUUCUGAAGUAUCUGCAGUACGGAGGCGUAGACAUCGGCCCAAAAAUGUUCUCGGGAUUGGACCAGCGUGAGCUCAAUGGACUGGACAGCGAACAGAUCCUUCUUGCCAGAGGACAGACCAGCAUCGCGCAGGAGCGGUCUGAUCUGACGAUCGAUUUCAAUGCCGUGGUCAAGGGAUAUCUAACAUCCUACUUCCCAUUCUACUUCAACCCGGAGAAUGAUGAUAUGGUCAAGCUCGCCACGGUCACGAUUCGGAACUUCCUCUCGUACCUUCUCUACCACGACGUCGUCCCCGAAUACAAAGAUAACAUCGACGCGGCGCGAACCUCCUGCGACAUCGCCACCCAGGAGCUCUGGAAGAACCAGCAGUUCACAUCCAAGGGCCCUGGCGACUUCAACACCGCCUGCUCCACCCUCUUCGGCGGCGUCUUCUACGACCACUACGUUGAAGACGACCAGUGGAGCAACAGCAAAGACGAUACCGUUCGCAUGACCAACGAGGUCGCCCGCAAGGUGGUCAAGUUUGCCCUCGCAGGCGCCGGCACGGACAGACAAGCGUUCAAGUUCCAGGAGCUGGCGAACGGAAACGCGCUGCGCGCGAUGCGCGUCGAAGACAUCGAUGGCUUCGAAGUCACUGACAUCAUCUUUCCUGACGCCGAGACGAAGGAGUUCUACCAGGUGCAUGCUGGCGAUCUGCACCCCAUUGGAAGACUUCUUGGGAAGGUGUAUCGUGACCCCGGCAAGCCUGAGAUCGACCUCAGCCCGGACGAGAGAGGAGAAUGGGUGCAAGGGCCUGCGCCAGCCGGGGAGUUCGAGUUCUUCCUUGAGGAGAACCUACUGCGGCUGUGCUAUCCCGGGAUGAAGGUGUUGACGUCGGUCUGGGAGCUCAAUUGCGGGGUUCAUUAUUUUGACGAGAUCUUGAAUACCUACUGCUCCAUCUAUACGGUUCUGUGCAAUGAUCUUAUGAUUGGGUGGAAGGAGCCCAAGACCCUGCAUGAAAUAGGUGGAGAGGAGGAAGACGAGACUGAUGAGGACGAAGGUCAGCCUUCUAAGGAGGAAAUUGGAAACGGGAAGCCAGUCGAAGAGGUUCUGUAA